AUGAUAUCACUUUUUGCAAGGGCCUCAUUGCUGUGUCUGGCGGUGGUUCCCGCUAAGGUGUCUCGAGCUCCACUGUCUUCUCACCAGCUAACGUGGGCGCUACUGGCGGUCUCCGUCACAUUGCCCUCUGAAAGAGUUCUUCUUGACAGGCGCAGGCACUUUGACUUCCUUCCUCUGCCGCCGUACUGA